UUUGUCUUUUCUGUAAUAACAGGUGAUCCCCCAGCUGAUAGCAAGAAUUGACACCCCAAGACAGCUAGUGGGACGUCUGAUCCAUCAACUCCUAAUGGACAUUGGAAAACAACAUCCACAGGCCUUGAUCUACCCAUUGACCGUCGCCUCCAAGUCCCAGAGCACAGCCCGACACAAUGCCGCAAACAAGAUACUGAAGAACAUGUGCGACCACAGCAACACGUUGGUACAGCAGGCAAUGAUGGUGAGUGAGGAGCUGAUCCGUGUUGCCAUCUUGUGGCACGAGCUCUGGCAUGAAGGCCUGGAGGAAGCCUCCCGUCUCUACUUCGGAGAGAGGAACGUCAAGGGGAUGUUCGGUGUCCUGGAGCCCCUCCACGCCAUGAUGGAACGCGGCCCGCAGACAAUGAAAGAAACAUCCUUCAAUCAGGCGUACGGGCGUGACUUAAUGGAGGCCCAGGAAUGGUGUCGCAAGUACACGCGAUCCCGCAACGUCAAGGACCUGACUCAGGCCUGGGACCUGUACUACCACGUGUUCAGGCGAAUAGCAAAACAACUCCCUCAGCUGACCCAGCUAGAGCUCCAGCUGGUCUCUCCCAAGCUCCUGAUGUGCCGUGACCUUGAGCUAGCCGUCCCAGGGACCUACAACCCCAACCGACCCAUCGUACGCAUCCAACGCGUCCAGUCCUCCCUGCAGGUCAUUACCUCCAAACAGCGCCCUCGCAAGCUCAGCAUCUUUGGAAGCGACGGUGCGGAGUACAUGUACCUCCUGAAGGGCCACGAGGACCUGCGUCAGGACGAGCGGGUCAUGCAGCUCUUUGGCCUGGUCAACACUCUCCUAGCCAACAACCCAGAUACCUUCAGGAGACAUCUCAACAUCCAGCGCUAUUCCAUCAUUCCACUGUCCACCAACUCAGGCCUGAUUGGCUGGCUGCGACACUGCGACACCCUGCACACUCUGAUCAGAGACUACCGAGACAAGAAGAAGAAGAUACUGCUCAACAUCGAGCACCGCAUCAUGCUCAGGAUGGCGCCAGACUACGAGCACCUGACCCUCAUGCAGAAGGUGGAGGUGUUUGAGCACGCCUUGGAGCACACUCAGGGAGAUGACCUGGCCAAACUACUCUGGCUUAAGAGUCCUAGCUCAGAGGUUUGGUUUGAGCGACGCACCAACUACACACGAUCCCUGGCCGUCAUGUCCAUGGUGGGCUACAUCCUAGGACUUGGAGACAGACAUCCUUCGAAUCUCAUGCUGGACCGCAUGUCAGGAAAGAUCAUCCACAUCGACUUUGGCGAUUGCUUUGAGGUUGCCAUGACGAGAGAGAAGUUUCCGGAAAAGAUUCCAUUCCGACUGACGCGAAUGCUCAUCAACGCCAUGGAGGUGACUGGCAUUGAUGGUAACUAUCGCAUCACCUGCUCCUGUCUGAUGCAAGUACUCAGAGAACACAAGGAUAGCAUCAUGGCUGUGCUGGAAGCCUUCGUCUAUGAUCCACUGCUGAACUGGAGACUAAUGGACACCGCUCCUAAAGCCAAACGCUCCAAGGCCCGAUCAGACUCCUUCUCCAGCAGUCAGAACAAUGCAGAUCUGCUCGACGACGUGAACAUAGACACGCCCAAACAGAAGAAGGCGGGCGAGGCCGAGUCAUUGCAAUCAUCGGAGCCCGAGGGCGCUGUUCAACCAGAGGCUCUCAACAAGAAGGCCAUCAGUAUCAUCAAUCGUGUCCGAGACAAGCUGACUGGCAAUGAUUUUGCUCAGAAGGAAGCUGUGGACGUAGCCAAGCAGGUGGAGCUACUGAUCCAGCAAGCCACAUCGCAUGAGAACCUGUGCCAAUGCUAUAUUGGAUGGUGCCCCUUCUGGUAAAGCGUCAUGAAGCCCAGCAGUGAAGGGACAGACUCUGAAGGUCGACUCAACGUAUCGACUCAAUGUAUCGAAUCAUUUGAUUAGCGGACAAUGGAACCAAAGGUUUCAAGUAGUGUUGCCUUCAGUAAAAUGCUGGAAAUAUAGAAUGUAGGUUUUAUAUUCUGGAAAUUUUGAAUAUAGCACUCGAAAAAGUUUUAGAAGAGAGGGAAAACAAGAGAAAGUUUUCAGGAACUGGAAAGAAUGUUGCAUCCUGAUGGCUCUUUUUCAUCAUGUCAUCUCAAUGAAGGUCAGUCAUUGGUCAUUGCAAAAAUGAUGAUGAGACAUGAA